CCUGUACACCAGUGAUAGAGGACCUGUACACCAGUGAUAGAGGACCUGCACACCAGUGAUAGAUUACAUACUGUACACCUGUGAUAUAGUACCUGUACACCAGUGAUAGAGUACCUGUACACCAGUGAUAGAGUACCUGUACAUUAGUGAUGGUGAGCCUGUGUGCACUAGUGACAGGCUUGACCUCUAAGUGAGUUGUGAGACUGUACUGGACUCUCCCAGGCCAUCUGCAACACCCAUUGAUCGCUGUCAUCAGUGAUUGAUCCUGGUGGGCGGGAGUAAGCUGUGAUUGACAGGUGUGGAUGACCGCUGAUCAGCAGUGUGCAGGAGGUUGUGUGUCGGUACUUACUGUUCCAUUAGUGAUAGUGCAGUGACUGCAGCAGGUCAGAGGUCGGAAGGGGGUUGGCCGGACUUAUAUAGGGUGACAAGGCUUAUAUAGGGUGAUAGGGAAAGCCGGAGAGUCUGCAGGUGACAACAGAUGGGACCACAUGAGAUCACAGGGGACGGCUCACAAGUGGAUUGACCUGGAAAGUGAAGAUGGUGUCCGGCUGCGAAAAAGGGUUUUUACAAGAAGCUGCACAUGUGGCUGGUGUAUGAAUAUAGCUCCAUGUCAUACUGAUCACCCGACAACCUGGAUUAUCUGCAGCAAGACCAAGACCUGGAGAGAAGAUGGUUCAGAAGUACCAGUCACCUGUGCGGGUCUACAAAUACCCAUUCGAGCUUGUCAUGGCGGCUUACGAGAAACGCUUCCCUACCUGCCCGCUCAUCCCCGUCUUCAUCGGUAGCGAUAUCACCUACGAGCACAAGAGCGAUGAUGGGUCACUACAUGUGGUGGAGCGCAGCUGUAAGCUCAAUGUGGACGCCCCUCGGCUACUCAAAAAGAUUGCCGGUGUGGAAUACGUUUAUUUUAUCCAGAAAAACACGCUGAACUGGAAGGACCGGACGCUGCUCAUCGACGCUCGCAACGAAACCUUCUCAACCCGGGUCUUGGUGAACGAGACCUGCAGCUACUCUGUUCAUCCUGAUAAUGAGGAGUGGACGUGUUUCGAGCAGACGGCUUCUCUUGACAUCAAAUCUUUCUUCGGUUUUGAGAGCACAGUGGAGAAGAUUGCAAUGAAGCAGUACACUGCCAACAUAAAGAGGGGUAAGGAGGUCAUUGAAUUCUACUUGAAUGAGCUAAUAUCUCAGGGCAUCACUCACAUCCCCCAAUGGACCCCCGGAGCUACAGGGGGAUACCAACAUGUCUCAAGAAUGGCAACCAGCGGACAUCCCUGCAGCACUGAGGCGCCAACCACUGAGUCUGAGGCAUCGUGUGCCCCAUUACAGCUCAGAGGAGAGAUGGCGGGUCACAGUACAGCUACAGAACCGGAUGGUGAUAAGUUGGAGGCUGAAUAUAUUGAACGCUAUUUGGGACACCUCACCCCCAUGCAGGAGAGCAUCCUCAUCCACCUUCGACAAUGGCUGCAAGAAACCCACAAGGGCAAGAUUCCUAAAGAUGAACACAUCCUGCGCUUCCUCCGUGCCCGGGACUUCAACAUGGAGAAAGCUCGGGAAAUGCUCUGCCAGUCUUUGUCCUGGCGCAAGCAAUACCAGGUGGACUACAUCCUCCAGACAUGGCGCCCACCACCAAUCUUGGAAGAGUACUAUGCCGGAGGCUGGCACUACCAUGACAGAGAUGGCCGCCCUCUCUAUAUCCUGCGUCUUGGCCAGAUAGACACCAAGGGACUGCUAAAAGCGGUGGGGGAAGAGGCCAUAUUACGUCACGUCCUGUCCAUCAACGAGGAAGGUCAGAGGCGAUGUGAAGAGAAUACCCACCUCUUUAGCACUCCCAUUAGGUCUUGGACCUGCCUUAUAGACCUGGAAGGACUGAAUAUGAGACACCUGUGGAGGCCCGGGGUGAAGGCCUUGCUGCGGAUCAUAGAAGUGGUGGAGGCCAACUACCCAGAGACUUUGGGAAGACUUCUCAUAGUACGGGCCCCCAGAGUCUUUCCGGUUCUAUGGACGUUGGUCAGCCCGUUCAUCAAUGAGAACUCCCGACGCAAGUUCCUUAUUUAUAGCGGCAACAACUACCAAGGUCCAGGCGGCAUCUCUGAUUACCUGGACAAGGAGGUCAUCCCUGAUUUUCUUGGUGGAGAGUGCAUGUGCAACAUUCCAGAGGGCGGCCUGGUCCCCAAGUCAUUGUACCAAUCCGAUGACGAUGCAGAGAUGUCCGACCACAUCCGACUGUGGACUGAAACCAUUUACCACUCAGCGUUUGUCUACAAAGGGGCCCCACAUGAGAUCACAGCUGAAAUCCUGGAGGUGGAGUCGGUGAUCACCUGGGACUUUGACGUCCUCCGCAGCGACGUGGUCUUCAGCCUCUACCACUCUAAGAGGGCGCCGGAGGUCCACCAACAGAAGGAUCCGGCAACAGUCACCGCCGGCACAAGCAACAGCAACAACGUGCAGCUGAUAGACAAGAGCUGGGUCCUGGGGGUGGACUACAGGAGGGUGGAGGCCCCUCUGGUCUGCAGGGAAGGGGAGAGCAUCCAGGGCUCCCAUGUGACUCGCUGGCCCGGGUUCUACAUCCUCCAAUGGAAGAUGCACAGUCCAUCCUCGGGGACCAGCAUGGUCCGGGUGGACGACGUCCUGGCGUCACUGCAGGGGUCCAGUCAUAAGUGUAAAGUCAUGUAUUACUUUGAGGUUCUGGCAUCAGAAGACUUCAGGGGCUCCAUGUCCAGCCUGGAGUCUUGCAGCGGCUUCUCCCAGCUCAGCGGAGUCACCAAUUCUUCAAACAAGUCUCACAGCAGCUCAAUGAUCUCCAGAUAACACAGGGGGACACUGAUCUCUUUAGCACAAGGACCUUAUGCCUUAUAACUAUUGAUGGUGAUUUCUCCCACACCAAGGUAGGUGCCCUGAGAACAUGCAGUGGCACUCCGACCCAGGAGAACCCACCUCCGUCAGACACCUAUAGGUCAAGCUCGUGAAGUGAAACCUUGUUGACUUCUCAUUCUCAUCUAAACCAAAUACACAGGAGUAACAGGGAACCACUAACCCAGGAGCAGCUAUGUCGGAUCCGGUGCCACCUCCAUGGAUCAGUUACCACCUCCAUGGAUCAGGUGCCACCCCCCCAGGGAUCAGGUGCCACCCCUAUGGAUUAGGUGCCACCCCCAGGGAUCAGGUGCCACCCCCAGGGAUCAGGUGCCACCCCCAUGGAUCAGGUGCCACCCCCCAGGGAUCAGGUACCCCCAUCAGAGGGUCACCAAGAAGAGAAUUAAGCAGAUGUAGUGUGGUUGCAGUAUAUAGGCUAUGAUGAUAAUACAGGGCUAUGAUGUAUGGGGUGACAGGUCGGGGCCCCGGGCCCCUCACACUCUACCUACCAGCACUUUUUGAACCCGUUUGCCUUUUAUCAACUUAAUAAUUUAUUUCCUGAGGCCUUUUGUGACCGAGCUCAGGUUUCGUACUGAAAU